AUGUCAUCUCCACCAUCCGGUCUGCCGUCCCGCUCCCAUCGAGAUUCUACUCGUAGCAAUUCAGAUAUUGAGGAUUACUUUACGGGGGCCAAACGACGCGUUCUGCUGUCUGUUGACUGCAGCGAAAGUAGCAGUCGUGCCUUCGAGUGGUAUUCCAACAACUUCGCCAAAGAGGGUGACGGCCUCCUCCUUGUUCACGUGGUAGAACCAGUCAGUACAGGCAUCAACUACGGCCUUGUAACAAAGCCUGCCCUCCUAACCGAGGACUUCAACAAACACCUCCAGGAAUUGGUUGACGAAGGACGAAAGUUGGGUAAAACAUAUCUCCAGAAGUGCAAAGGAACUGGAAUACAAGCAAGGUUCAUUCUUCACAUCGGCGCAAAGCCUGGCGAGCACAUCUGUCAUCUAGCAAAAGAAUUGCAGAUUGACUCGAUCGUCAUGGGGAGUCGUGGAAUAGGAAAGAUCCGCCGAACCCUCUUAGGUAGUGUCACAGAUUACGUCAUUCACCACGCUGGCAGACCGGUUGUAGUCAUUCCCCCACCAAAAAGAGAUACGGUCGACGCUCACGCAAACGAGGCCUCUGGUGAUACCCCACGUAAACAAUCUGCAGCAUAA